UUUCUAUCACUGCAGCAUCAGCAGAGAGGAGAGGUGCACAAUCAAUUUCACAGGGAAGAAGAAGAAGAAAAGGCACAAGUAGAUAAGGAAGAGAGGGAGGAACAGAGCACGCCGAGGAGUUGCCAGGGGGAAAAGAGGGGCAUCAGUGUGGAGAGAGGAGACCAGCAGGAGGGCGUGGAUCUCAGCUAAAGAAGGAGACAAGGGGAAAAAAGGAGAGACGACCCAGAGUGACCAAAGACAUAUGAGGAGAGGCCUCCUGGUAGAGAAACAUAGCCUCACACUUGCUCAGCACGGGUGUGUGUCUGUGUUGGGGUGGCCCUCUGUGUGCAUUUAACUGUACGUGUGUGUGAGCAGGUGGUACUUUGAUGGGACAGUGAGCAAUGCCUCACACGCAGCAACAGCAGGUUGGCAGUAGGGGGCAGUGCUCCCCCCGCCUCCGCCCCCUCCUCCUCCUCCUCAUCUCCCUCACUGCCCAGCUCGGCCAAGCUGCCAUACACAUACCCUCCAACUACCACAUAAGUGAUCUGAAGAGGCCUCCAGUGAUCACGAUGCAGCCGGAGUCUGUCACCGUCUUCAGCGUGGAGGACCUCGUCAUGAGAUGCAAAGCCUCCGGAAACCCUCCACCCAUUGUCCGAUGGACAAAGGACGGACUUGAGUUCAACCAAGGCAGCGACCCGGAGCUGAAGGUUUCUGAGGUCACUGCCUCGUUCCCGUUCUACACGCUCAGUAAUACUAUGGACAGCCUGAAGCAGUACCAGGGCAAAUAUGUCUGCUACGCAUCCAAUGAGCUGGGGACUGCCGUGUCUAAUGAGGCCUUACUCAUUACUGAUGUUCCUCCAACCCUGCAGAAAGAAAAAAAGGUUCAUGUGAAGUCUGAACAGGGAAGCAGUAUUGUUCUGAAGUGUAAUCCCCCACAGAGCUCUAUGGAGCCUAUCAUUCACUGGAUGGACUGGAGGCUGCACCAUAUCCAGCUUAGUCAGCGAGUGAUGGUUGGGAAGGAUGGAAACCUGUACUUUGCCCAUUUGACAACUGAGGACAGCAGGGACGACUACACCUGCAAUGUUCAGUAUCUGGCGACCCGCACCAUUCUACCAAAGGAGCCCAUCACUCUGACCGUCACCGCUUCCAACUCAGUAGUGCGGAACAAGCGACCCCAGAUGAUGAGACCUGCUGGAAGCCACAGCACUUACCACGCCCUCAGGGGCCAGACCGUUGAGCUUGAGUGCAUCGUCCAAGGCCUUCCUACUCCUGAUGUGACGUGGCUGUGGAAGGAUGGUGAGAUGUCCAACAACCGAACUAUGAAAGACAUGUUUGACCGCCGCCUGCGCUUCAGUAGUAUCUCAGAGAGUGAUGCGGGAGAGUACCAGUGUAGAGCAAACAACUCCCAAGGAGCGAUCACACACACUUACACUGUGAUUGUGGAAGCUGGUCCCUACUGGACUAAAGAGCCAGUCAGUCAGUUAUAUGCCCCAGGUGAGACUGUCAGGCUAGACUGCCAGGCGGACGGCAUCCCCUCUCCUAUCAUCAGCUGGACUAUCAAUGGGAUCCCGGUAUCAGCAACCGAUAAGGACUCAAGACGUAUUCUGACAACCAGCGGAUCUCUAAUCCUAAAUGAUGUCAACUUCGGUGACACUGCCAUAUACCAGUGUCAGGCCUCCAACAAGCAUGGAACCAUCCUUACAAACACCAACGUUUAUGUCAUUGAGCUGCCUCCACAGAUACUUACUGAAGACGGGAAUAAGUACACAUUAACAGAGAGCCAAAAGGCUUUGCUGGAGUGUGAGACCUUUGGUUCUCCUCAACCUAAAGUCAUAUGGGAGAGAGGCAGCGACUCCCUUCUGGCGGAUCCCAGAGUGAACCUACUCACGAAUGGGGGGCUCGAGAUCUCUAACGUCACACACGACGAUGAGGGCUUCUACACCUGUUCUGUACAGAACACCAAUUUGUCAGUCAAUGCAGAGCUGGAAGUGCUCAACAGGACAGUGAUCCUGACACCACCGCAGGCUCUGAAGGUGCAGGCUGGAAACACAGCAAUCUUCACUUGCCUGGCCCUAUUUGACCCCAAACUCGGCUCUCCGUUAAUUCAGUGGCGAAAAAGCAAUCAGAAGCUGUUUGAGUCCCAAAGUGACGAAAAAUACACAUUGGAAGGACCGGACCUAAUAAUUGCUAAUGUGGGACCAGAUGAUGAGGGUGUGUACACCUGUCAGGUCAUCACUAAGCUUGACAUGGCUGAAGCCAGUGGCACCCUCACUUUGUGUGAUCGUCCAGACCCACCUGUUCUUCUUCAGAUCACUGAUCCCAAGCGUCGUGCAGUCACCCUUAGCUGGACUCCCGGAGACGACCAUAACAGCCCUGUGCUAGAGUAUGUGGUUGAGUUUGAGGACCAAGGAUCGAAGGAGAGGAAUUGGGAAGAGAUGAAGAGAGUAAGUGGAAACACAGAGCGUGCAAGCCUCCCUUUGUGGCCCAACAUGUCCUACCGUUUCCGGGUCAUUGCUGUCAAUGAUUUGGGUAAGAGCGACCCCAGCAAGCCAUCUGAAAUACACAAGACAUCUCCUGAAGCUCCAGAAAACAACCCUGAAGAUGUAAGAAGUGAGUCCACAGACCCGGACAAUCUGGUCAUCACCUGGGAGGAAAUGGACGAACGCGACUUCCAUGGACCUGAAUUCAGGUACAGGGUGCUGUGGAGGCGCGUGCUGGGCAGCGGGCCCACCUGGCACAUCAACUACACAACGGCACCGCCAUUCAUUGUCAAUGAUGUUGGAAACUUCUCUGCCUUUGAGAUAAAAGUUCAGGCUGUCAAUGAGAAAGGAGAUGGACCUGAACCAGACCCAGUCAUUGGUUACCCAGGAGAAGACGUCCCAUUGGAGGCUCCAAUGGAUGUGGGCGUUGUGCUAAUGAACAGCACUACCAUCAAAGUGACCUGGGCAGCAGUAGACAAAAAGACGGUCAGAGGACACCUGCUGGGAUACAAGAUCUACUUGACCAGGACUGGCUCUAGGGGCCACCACAGAGGCCGGAGGGCCAAGGAGUCAGAAAGCACCAUGGUGGUGGAGACUGGGGCCAACGAGGAGAAGAAGGUGAUCAGUGAUCUCAGACCGUACUCCCACUACACCCUGGCAGUCACGGUAUUCAACAGCAAGGGAGAGGGACCUGCCUCGGAGAUGCUGUCCUUCAAGACUAAUGAGGGAGUUCCUGGUCCUCCCACGUCCCUGAUUUUGGACAGUCCUUCAGAGACAGAAAUGACCCUCCACUGGACACUUCCAGACCAGCCCAACGGAGUCCUCCUUGGAUAUCUACUGCAAUACCAACGGGUUGUGGAGAGUGACGACAGCCCCAUGCAAGUGGAGACAAUAGACGAUCCCACGGUCACCCACCUCACCCUGAAGAGCCUGGAUCGCCAGAGCCACUACCGCUUCUACCUGAGGGGGCGCACUGCUACUGGGGAUGGAGAGCCCAUUAAGAAGGAGGGCGCCACCACGCUGGAUGGAGCACCUCCUUCCAACAUCAGCCUGUCUGUGGGGGAAAACUCAGUUAACUUAAGCUGGGUAGCCAAAAAGAGACACAGGAAUGUUAAUUUCCAGAUCCACUACCUCAACAAGAACGAUGGCAGUAAAUGGAAGAAGACAGAAAUGGUGAAUUCCUCUCAGUCUUUCUACCAGCUCCAGGGCCUGACACCUGGCUCUCUGUAUCAUCUACGCUUCACCUACAGCAACAUCACCUUCUGGAACGUUGACGUUGAGACAGAAGGAACAGGAGUGACGGAGGUGCAGCCAAGCUUCGCAACGCAAGGCUGGUUUAUCGGCGUUGUGAGCGCCAUCGUGCUGCUGCUGCUGAUACUGCUCAUCCUCUGCUUCAUCAAGAGAAGUAAAGGGGGAAAGUACUCAGUGAAAGAUAAAGAAGAGGGCCCAAUGGAUUCGGAGGCACGGCCUAUGAAGGAUGAGACUUUUGGAGAGUACAGCGACCUGGAGGAGAAGCGUACGGCCAGCCAGCCGUCCCUGUGCGAGGAGAGCAGGCUGUGCAGUGAGGAUAACCUUGACUUCAACGGCGGCAGCGCCAUAACCACGGAGCUCCACCUGGAUGAGUCUCUGGCCAGCCAGCUCAGUCGGCCCAGCGAAGGUCCGGAGGCGCUUCAUGGCCUGCCAGACAACUCCCCGCUCAACCCCACCACCGUCUCCUCAGCCACCAAUGGCACGCCCAACUCAGUAACCAUCCUCGAUUAACCCCCACACAUCCACUUGGACCACCAGACCAAAACAUGUCAACACAUAUGUGCCCAUACGCUCUUGUUCCUUACUGACUUGCUGAUCUGUACUUUGACGACUAAUACACAAUCAAUAUAUUGACUAUUCAGAUGCCCCUGGUAGUCAUCUGAUCGACUGGACUAUUUUGACCAAAGGAGUGUCCAAAUUAGUGGACAAGUCUGACUGACCUGAAGAUGUCCUUAGACCUCCCCCCCCCCUUUUAUUUGUGUAGUUUACAACCAAUCCAAAUUACUAACAUUCAUUUCUUUCCCUUUCUUCUCUUUCUUUCUCUCCGCAACCAUCUCUUUAAAAAGAUAAAAACAGAAUGCAGUACAGCUAGAAAUAUCCGAAGGACCGUCGGUGUGGUCCGAUAGAGAUGCAGUUGUACAUUUAAAGAGGAGGAUGUGUGAGGAAAAAAGACAGCACGUGCUGCUGUGACAAGUCUUGAAACCUAGAUUAUUUAUCAUGUCUUGACUUAUUUUUUAUGUCCAACACCAUCUGAUGCCUUUGAUUUUACUCAUCAGUGACAUUUUAGUUUUUUUGAGUUUGAAAACAAAAACAAAAAACAAUUUUGUCAUGAUCUGUGGUUUUUGUUUUUAUCAUCAUGUUUUCUUAUUGUGUUGUACAUUAUUUAUAUAAGACUCAUGACUUCUCCUUAUUGACAUAAUUCAUAAAUCAAGAUGUUUUCAUUGAAACAAACCGAAGCCAAGUUUCUUUCUAUAAAUAGCAGUUGAUUCAUUAAGGGGAACUUGCUGUGAAGAUGCUGAGUAGCAUCUGGUGUAUAUAGCUGCAUCUACAUUUAUCUACUUAGCCAUAAUACAGUAUUAUAGAUAUGUACAUGCUCCUUAUAUGUCCCUGUGCCUGCUGGGUCUGCAUAGAGCACCAGAUUGAUGUCAUUACUCUCUCGCCUUCCCACCAGAAGUUAAAUGUCAUUAUUGGAAAUGAUAUUGUAAUUUUUUGUGUCAAGACCUAUGUGUAGCUUUCUGUAUCUGUCUGUCUCUUUCUACACUGUAUUAAAAACAUUGUUGUCUCUAAUUAACAAUCUUUUCAUACCUGUUCAUCUCAUAUUACGCAAAUUGUUUGAGGAGCAGUAUUUAUGUAUAUUACAGAUUGGAGAGUGGACAAACACUCUCAAUUUUAUUUUAUUUUGACCCUUAUCAAUGCAAGUUGAUAUUGCAGACGGGCGUAAUGAUGUACAAUAGAGGUAAACAGUUGGUAGUUACAUCAAACACAGGGAAUGUAUUCUUUUCAGACUGGGUAGACAUUGUAUCUACAUGCUACUGAUUCGGAAAAAUAAAUAAAUCUGAGAUACAAGGUACUGCGAGAGGAGUGGCUACGAGAAGACCUGGAGGGAAAUUCUUUCCCCCACUGAAUGUAAAUACAACCCUAAAAGAUUGUUCUUAUGAACCCAACCAUGUUUGAUUUAAUAAAAUGUGAAAAAUGUGCAGGUUUAAAAUCACUUAAUUUCAAAUUGUUGCAAGCUGUAACAUUUCUUCUUUGUACUAUUGCUAUGAAUUCAACCUUUGCUGUUUUUGACAAAUGUCUGCAGUGAGAUUUGUCUGUUUUAGCAGAAAUAGCUCAUAGCUGAGGAAAGAAAAGGGGUGGGUCCAUAUUGUUCUGUAGAUGUUUUUGAAUAUUUCAACAUUUGGAAAUCAAAAAAAUGUACAUUAGUGUCAUUAGUGAUAGUAGUAGUUGCAUUACAAUGAAAGCUAAGAUUCUGUUCCUGCCCUUAACCAUUCAGCAAUGCAUUGCAGUGCAGUGAAUAUCUGUGGAGUUUUUGUCUGAUGCAGUUAUGAGGCAGGGAUGCAGCGAGCCAGUUUGUGCACACCACAGGGAGCACCUAUAUGCAACGUUGCAAUCUCAGUUCUCCCUACUCAAAUAAGAGCUUGACAUUGGCCAAAUAUCACCUUGACACUCCCUGAGGUAAAGAAUAUGGGAUGUCUAAAAUGGCCGGUGGCACAGAAGUGUGUGUGUGUGAGCUCCCUGCUGUCGGUUAUACAGACACACUCAGGACAAAUAAAGGUUUAAAAAAAUCUAUUUUCAUACAGCGACGAAUGACACAAAAAUAUGCCAAUAUUCUAACUCGACUAUCUGCUGCUAAACAUCUGUGUUUGUCAGUGUUGGGGGCAAAUGUUAGCUUUGAAUGGGAAAUGAGUGUACACACACAGAUACUCACUCGACUGCCACUCACUUUGCUUUUUUCAUGUGUCAUGGGGAAAUCCGGGGACACUGACAUUUGGUUUCCAGCAUUGUUAUGUUUCCCCCUUUUUAUAAUUAAUAGAUAAAAACCUUUGAAAAAGUGAACUGGUUCAUUUAAAGAAGAUUGUUGAUAACACAGUAAAACGGACAGACAGGCAACAAAACCUGAGUAGGAGGGUUUGGGUGAUUAGGGAGGAAGGAUGAGUAAGGCGUGUGUCCAUGUUGGGGUUUAAAUGUGCCUCUUUGUGGUGUGUGGGGUGCAAAAUUAGCAUAAUGGGACUGAUGGGAUCUAUAUGUAUCAUGGGUCAACGUUAGAAGUUGGGUGGAAUUGUACCACAUGUGGGGCCACUAUAAUUGUAACUGCAUUAUGAAUCUACCACUGUAACUGGAUAAAUGACUGAAAAUAAAGUACAUUGAACGAUC